AUGGAGGUAACCUGCGAUGGCGACACCUCUGAUGUUGGCGCGCUGUGGAGACAGGCGCUCGACAAUUACCAGUCAGAAUCAGGACUCGGCAUGCGCAACACAACACAGAUUCAGUGGAGUAUUGACGCUAUCAAGAACGACCAAGAAAAGGAGGUGACGGCGUUUAGAAAGUAUCGGCACAACCAGAGCAGAGUCGACAAGAUCCGAACUAUGUUCGUUAGGAAUGCCGACAUCAUCUCCAUCAUCGCUAGCAUGUUGCAGACGCAGCCAGUGCGGAACGCAUUCAAAAACGUCUCAGAUAAUUACGAUAUGAUUGAGUCCGCCUUCGAUGUCAUGCAUGGCUUCGUCCAGCGACUUUCGUUGCUGGAAGACAAGUUCCCCCUGAGAAGGAAGGCUGGACGGUUCUCCAAAUGGGCCAAGAGUCUAGUCGACCACCAAGAUCCCAAGCUGAAAGGAGCCUACAAUGUGCUGCAGAAGUACCUGUCACGCUUAGGGUCUAUGACCCUGACGACCACCUUUAAGCAGACGUUGGUCCUGUACCAAAAACGUAAUAACUCUGGGUACUGCGCGAUUAAAGAGGGAAAUGGCUACUUCAAAAUCUUCGCCAAGCGAUCUGAGCAGGAAAACAUCAGCCGAAAAGAUGAGCGCCCAGCAGGGGCAGGCUCUGCCACCAUGAACCCUGGGCCUAAUCACCUCGGCUCGGGCACGAAGAAGGCAGCCGCGUUCGCCAGUCUUAGGGGCAAAUUGGACUGUCAAGCCUACGUAAACUCCCUGCGCGAUCAGGAAAUCGACCUGAGAGUGGCUUUGGUCAAAGUAACUCUGCCUCUGAAGGCUACCAAGUAUCGGGAUCACGUCCUGGGAGGUUUCCAGCGUGCCGAGCAUGAUCAUGAUGAUCGCCUCAAGAUGUUUGAGCGCUUGUUCACUUCCAAAACUUCGAAGGCACGGAGCGGAGGGCCGUCAUUCUGGAUGUGCCCAGAGAAUCCUCACGUGCAACCGAAGCGCAUCGAGUUGUCCCAGGACAAGAUUUAUUAA